GAGAGAGAGAUAAGCACAGAAAUAUCUAGAGAGAGAAAAUCGCAGAGGAGAACCCGACCAAAUCGUCGUCGCAACCAGAGAUCUGAGAAGAUGUACGGCUACGCUGGCGUGAGUAGCGACGGCCCCGCCGCGAUGAAGGGCGGAGAAUUCGACAUAGAAUCCGGCGAUAUGCUGUACCCUGGGAUCGGGCACGGCGAGAAUCAGCUGCGAUGGGGGUUCAUACAGAAAGUCUACGGGAUAUUGGCGGCGCAGAUCCUCAUGACCACCGUCGUCUCCGCGGCUGUUGUUCUGUACGCUCCGAUCAACGAUCUCCUCCGCGGAAAUUCCGUCCUGCUGCUUUUCCUCAUCUUCACGCCCUUCAUAUUGUUGUGGCCUCUGCAUGUUUAUCAACAAACACACCCACUGAACUUCAUUUUCCUUGGGCUCUUCACCGCUUCUCUAAGCCUGACAGUUGGCGUGAGCUGUGCCAACACUGAAGGAGCAAUUGUGCUUGAAGCCUUAAUCUUGACGUCAGCUGUAGUUUCAGCUCUGACUGGCUAUACUUUCUGGGCUUCUAAGAAGGGCAAGGACUUCAGUUUCCUUGGUCCCGUCUUGUUUACUAGCCUCUUCAUCUUGGUUUUGACCGGUUUUAUUCAGGUGUUCUUCCCGCUAGGAUCUACCACUGUCGCCAUUUAUGGUGCAAUUAGUGCCAUAAUUUUCUCAGGUUACAUUGUUUACGACACUCAAAACCUGAUCAAGCGAUUCUCGUAUGAUGAGUACAUCUGGGCUUCUGUGACCCUUUAUUUGGAUGUUCUCAAUCUCUUCCUCACCAUUCUGCGAAUGCUGAAACAGGACAACUGAAAGCUAUGAUGUACUUGCUGCAUAAACCGUGUUUUUGUUCUUUCGUAAAAUCAUAGAUUGUUGAUUUAUUUUCUCCUCUAGCAAAAUAUAUAGAGACAAUUGUGUGGAAAUUGCAAGUCUCUCUGCACAUGUGAAUAUGUGGUUGCUACUAAUCACAAAGUCAUGUAUUCAAACGGGGACGGUUUGUCUUGAACUUGUGUGAGUCGAUCAACAUUAAUAAGCUACGUAUUUUGUAUAAAUUUGAGUUUUCUGUAAUGUGAUAUUCAAAUGCUGACGAGAAAUUUUAUUCUAUGUUUUGUUGUGCAA